AUGACUAGUAACAUAGCUGGACAGCUUAACAACGCAUUGGUAGAGGGUAGGUCGUCCCCAAUAAUUGAGUUGGUGAUGUUCAUACAAGGGAUGAUGACAAGGUGGUUCAGUGCAAGACGUAAGAAGGCCAAUAAGCACCAGGGUCUGAUGACAAUAGAAGUCGAUAGCGCUGGUGAAGGGCAGCAAGAUACCAUGUGGGCAUGCCAUGAUUGCGGCCACAACAUAGGGCUCGCAUAUGAGACUAUGGUUGGACAUUGGUACAAGACGGUGGCAUGGAGGGAAACCUAUGCAUGUGUUAUUAGGCCAAUUGGCGACCCCAGAGACGAAUCUAUUCCGGAAGACGUGAGGGAUGCAAUGUUGAUGCCACCAUUGACUAAGAGGCCACCAGGGAGGCGUAGAACCAAACGAUUUCCCUCGACAGGGGAGAUGCCGAGUCCUAAGAAGAAGACUGUGUCUAAUAAGUGCGGGAGGUGCAGGGUAGAAGGACACAACCGCACCAAUUGCACGGUUCCGAUAUGA